AUGCACCCCGAAAAAGAACUUGAGUCUCCAAACCGAGACGACUUAGGGCUCAGUGAGGCUACACGAACUGGCGAUCGGCCGUCGUUGACCCUGAAGGACGAAUUCCUGCUGUGCCUGCCGCUCAGGAUCCAAGGCUAUCACAUGGAAAAGAAAAUCUGGGAGAUGUUGCUGGUGGGCAACAUGGAGGAGGUACAGUGGAACGACGAUGCCUUCAAGCUGCUGGUAAUCGGCCAGGAGAAGAAGGACUUGAUCCAGGCACUGAUCACAAACCGGAUCGCAGCCGACGAGGCCACCGACCUGAUGAGUGGCAAGGGAAAUGGCCUGUUCAUCCUGCUGCACGGGGGUCCGGGAACGGGCAAGACGCUGACAGCUGAGAGCGUGGCCGAAGUGGCCCGCAAGCCGCUGUACCGUGUGACCUGUGGUGAUAUCGGCACGGAGGCUGAAAAUGUCGAGCGCUACCUCGAGACGGUCUUGUUGCUGGGAAGCACCUGGGGUUGCGUUGUGCUGCUGGACGAGGCUGAUGUGUUCUUGAUGCAGCGUUCCGUCCACGACUUUCAGCGCAACGCCCUCGUCUCCGUCUUCCUGCGCGUGCUCGAGUAUUACGACGGCAUCCUGAUCCUCACGAGCAACCGUGUGGGUACCUUUGAUGCCGCCUUCAAGUCGCGCAUCCAGCUGUCGCUGCACUAUCCGCCGCUCGACGAGUCUGACCGCCUUGUAAUCUGGACCAAUUUCAUCAAGCAUGUCGAGGGCGUCAUGGCCGCGGCGUCCUCACGAGAGGUAUCGCCUACAUCUCUUGGCAUGAACUCUGCCGCCAUCCGACGUGUUCUGCCCGAUCUGGCCAAAGAGACGCUUAACGGACGUGAGAUCCGCAACGCCGUGUCGACAGCUCGUCAGCUGGCCAUGUUUACCAAGGAACCAAUGGGGCCGCAUCAUUUGCUCAAAGUUAUCAGUGAGACUAGAAAGUUUGAAAAGUAUGCCAACGGGCUGCAGGGAGACAUGACCGAUGACCAACUUGCGCGAUUUCGACGCGAUCGCUGA